CCGGGGCCGGGGCCGUGCCGACGCGCACCCCGCGGGCAGCCGGUCAGCCAGCCCCGACGGUCACGUGACGCCAGCGCUCCGCACCGCACCGCACCGCACCGGGCGCUGCGGAGCCGCAACCGCUUCUUGCGCCCCCCGCUCCCGCCCUCCAUCCCGCCUCCGCCUCCUCGCCCUCCUCCCUGCCCGCGGGGCGCGGGAGCCGGUGACGGGAGCGAGGCGGAGUCUGGAGGGAAGAUACCGAGAGAUAGAGAUUUAAAUCACAUCCCCGGCUGUAGAAGGGCGGCAGCAGCAGCAGCCCCGGCGCAGAGGCACGGACGCACGCCCCGACAGAGAGGUCUGCCGGCUCCGCCGCUGCUGCUGCUGCUCACCAUGGGUGCCGCCGCCGCCGAGCCCCCCCGCGCCUUGGGCCUGGUGUCCAGCGUGGUCAACGACACCCUCGAGUUCUACCGCUGGACCUGGAGCAUCCGAGACAAACGUGUUGAUGAUUGGCCCUUGAUGCAGUCUCCAUUUCCAACACUGACUAUAAGCACUAUUUAUCUCCUCACUGUCUGGCUGGGCCCCAAAUGGAUGAAGACAAGAGAGCCCUUCCAGUUACGCUUCCUGUUGGUUGUUUACAACUUUGGAAUGGUUCUACUCAACUUCUUCAUUUUCAAAGAGCUGUUUUUGUCAUCAAGAGCUCGAGGGUACAGCUACGUCUGCCAGACUGUGGAUUAUUCAGAUAACGUUUAUGAAGUUAGGAUAGCUGCUGCUUUAUGGUGGUAUUAUGUCUCUAAAGGAAUUGAAUAUUUGGAUACAGUAUUCUUCAUCCUGAGGAAGAAAUUUAAUCAAAUUAGUUUCCUUCAUGUCUAUCACCAUUUCACCAUGUUCACCUUGUGGUGGAUUGGUAUUAAGUGGGUUGCAGGUGGACAAGCUUUUUUUGGAGCUCAGAUGAAUGCGUUUAUUCAUGUCAUUAUGUACAUGUAUUAUGGAUUAGCUGCCUGUGGCCCUAAAUUUCAGAAAUACCUGUGGUGGAAACGAUACUUGACCAUAUUGCAAUUGGUGCAGUUCCAUGUGACUAUUGGCCACACAGCCUUGUCUAUUUAUAUUGAUUGUCCUUUCCCUAAAUGGAUGCACUGGGGUGUCAUUUUCUAUGCUGUCACCUUCAUUUUCUUGUUUGGUAACUUCUACUAUCGGACAUACAAGCUGCCCAAGGAACCCGUAAAGAAUGGCAAAAUAGCAAAUGGUGCUGUUGCAAAUGGAGUAAGCAAACCAGAAAAUAAUGCAGUGGUGGAAAAUGGAAAAAAGCAGAAAAAGGGAAAAGCAAAAGGAGAGUAACUUGAUCCAGGCCUUAACCGUUGUUGGCAGUGAGGAACCUCCAGUUUGGUUUAUAAAAGGAAGAAAAAAACCACUAUCUGUACCAAUUAACCUUAGGUUACUGAAGAGCUAGAACACAGGUAUUUUCAUUAUUUAUGAAGAUUGUUUUAAGAACAACACUAAAGUUGAAUUUCUAUUGUAAUUAUGUAAUUAUCAUGCAUAUGGUCUCUGUGUAAACUUGUAGACUGCUGGUGUUGGUGAAUGUAAGGAAGAAUUGCAGUUGAUUCCAUGUUUAGCAGUCCAAAAGUUAAUACUACCAUUGAUACAGGCAGUUUUGUUGGCACCCACAUUUCUUUGGGCAAGGGAGGGGAAGGAAGUAGCGUUUGGAUACUUGUGUUUUCUUUCCAGAAAAUUAUUAAAUUUCAAAUUAUGAUGUAUUAUCUAAUCAGAAUGCGCAACUUUUCUUGUCCUCCUUGGAGAGUAUCUUCAGACACAUUAUGUUUAUGUGCGGUCAGAACAGUGUUUGACUUUUCAGAUGUUACUUGAUUUAACUGAGUGUCUGUUACUGUUUUAUUUUUUCUUGUGUGGAAAUAUACCUACCUCUUCAUCUGCUGAAAAGAAUAUUGAGCAUUAAAUAACUGGUUUCUGAAAUAUUGAGUCCUCUAAUAUAAAUAUCCACUAACACUUAUUCAGGAGAAAAUACGAUUUCCUGUGGGAGUAAAAGGUAUCUUUUUGGUCAAGUCCUCGAUAACCUUUUUCAAUGUAAACUUAAAUUUUGGAGUGGUACUUUUAGUAUGGCUAAGUGAAGAAAACACUUCAAGAAUGUAUAAAUAUGAAACGAUACAUUGUUUGAAACAAGCAGCGGAAGUAGGCCUGCUGCUUGUUGUCUGUGACCUGCAUUAAACCUAUGGUGCUGACUCCUGAAAAUGGUAAGAUAUUACUAUGGUGGAGAGAAAAAACAAUAUGUAAUUCUGUUUAGAAAUGCUGUGUUUAUGGAUAGCUGUGCUAACUACAAGACAGUCGCUUUAUUGGGAGAGAGAAUUCGGUUAAAAAGUACUAAAUACAGCAAACAUAAAAUAAUGAAAAUGUGUUACUGCUUGAUAUGCAUCAAAGCUGUUUAGGCACUUGUAGACAAAGUAUUGCUAGUAGUCAGGCCACCGUUUUAAUGUGAAUGUCAGAGAUGGGCUUCUAAAAGCCUGUUCCCAAAAUAUUCUUGGCUAUUUUCAACCUAAUUGACAAAGUGAUUUUGCUAAUCAUUUUUUAGUCAAAACUGCUUAAAUAAGUAGGAGCCUUUUAGAUGGCUUUUGAUCUGAUGUGGUACGUUACUGGACUUCUUACUGCUCCUUUUGUGAAGAAAAUAUGGAAAGAGUUAUUCUCCUUCCAAAUAAUGUGAUUACUAAGAGAGAUGUUUUGAGCUGCUCACCAUGCAAAGGGUAUAGGACAGGUGGAAUCAGAAAACGUAUCCUGAACUCCCAGGUUCCUUGCUCAUCACUGCAAGAGCUGGGUUGUUGCUGUCUAAAUGCAUUCCUCCCAGGUCUGGUCAAAAACAUACUCAUCAUUAGUGACAAACUUGCAUCUGGCAGGUGAUGCCGUUGUUGAAGGAAAAAAAGUACAUGGAGCUGUAGGUGUAAAGUGUGACACGUUUAAUAAUGUUUGCAUCUCGAUUAUCCAUUUGUCUGUUUAUAAUAUGCAAGCAGGUCACAUCUUCUGUGUCUCAGGUUUGUCUCUUGUCUUGUACUGAAAACUGUCUGAACCCAAAAUCAGGUCCUAGGAACAAAAGGAUUGGAUAUAGUCUUGUAUUCAGAAAAAAAUCCUAAUGCUGGUGUUGAUUCAGCUGGAAGGUGGUUUAUCCAUAAUCUCGACCGCUGUGGAUUCUAUGGCAGAAUAUAGGGUUGUGAAAGAGUGUUUCUGCUGAGCUGUAAUGCAUGUGGCCAUUAAGUUUCCUAUCUGCUGUGUCCUGUGCUUCUUCCAGCCUUUGUACUGAUGCUGUUGGCAUUUGCAUAACUCUGUGUGUUUAUGUAGUGUGGUGCAGGGAAGAGAGAUAGUGGUCUACCCUUCCUUCUUGGACAAAUGCCACUACCCUUAACCAAGCCAAAAUGCUGGCUGACUGGGUAACUUUGGAAUGGCUAAAGGAGAAAAUAACGAUGGAGCAAGCUAGCAGAUUUAUAACACAUCUGUUGCUCCAAGGUGGUGGCUGGUGUAAACACGCUUACCCCACUAUAAAUUCAAGAUAGCUCACUCCACUCUGAUUAUGGGGUAGCUUCUUUCUAUUUGCCAUGGGAUGUGGGCAGAUAACUUGUAAAUCUGUGUCAUUCCUUGUAUUGUGUUAAAUUGGUUGUUUGCUCUGCCUUUCUUUCAGUAAGCCAGAUCAAGUAAACUGAUACUCUUAAUGUGAUCUGCCUCUGAAAGAACAUACCGAGAAGUAUUCCAGUACAGGUUCGGUUGUGUCUUUGCUACACUUUGUAAAGUAAGAAGUAUGUCUUGCAUGUUGGCAAAUAUUUGAAUAACCGAAAGUCAAAUUUUGUCUGCCCUCAUCAUGCAUGGAAGCUGCUUAAAGUUGAUAAUAGCUUGAACCUUAUUGGCAGAACUUGAGUAGAAUCUUACCCUGAAACGUUGGGGCACUUGGUAACUUUUAAGAAAAAAGGGAACAACGCAUUGUGAGAAUGCAUGCAUACAUACAAAUCAUGUUGUCUGGCCCUGGGGGUAGGACCAGUUUGAGAGAUUUCAUGGAAAAAAAAAAAAUAAUCGGGUAUUAAAUUGCUGGAACACUGCUGUUUUGACUUCAUCUUAUGCAAUAUCUUUCCUAGGUAUUGCAUCUUCUGCAAGACCUUUCCUAGGUCUAUUUAUGAUAUAUUUGAUUGUUCAUGUGACUUGAGUCCCAUUAUGAUCUUGAAUAUAAUGGCCUUAUUAAAUGUGCAUUUUUGUAGGCAUGGUCUUGAGUGCAGUACUUCUGUUUCUGACUAUGCAGCCAGACUCACAGAAUACAGGGCUGAGCUGGUACAGCCUUUUCUUUUUCAAAAUUCGAGGCAAUGAUGCACAUGUGAGAUAGUGCCAGAUUCAUUAAAGUCAUCAUUGAGUCCAAGGCACCUCAGAAUUUUGCCAUGAAAGUAAUAGAAUAUAUGUAUAAAUGUGUGUGUUUCCUAUACACAGAACUGAAAUUUAAAUUAUAAAGUCUACUUUGCAAGUUGAUUAUUUUAUUUUAUUUUAUUU